AGUGGUUGUGUCGCAGUGAAAUCAGUCCGGGUUACUAAGUGGGUUAAAGGUCCUGCAGACCGCAGUGACAGCAGCAGCCCUCCUACUGAUCUUUCAGCGGAAAAGCGGAGCAGAGCGGCAAGUAAAACGAAAAUGGCUAAACAGCAGCAGCCGAUCAGCCCGCUGAAGAACUUCUUCGCCGGAGGUUUCGGAGGGGUUUGCCUGGUUUUUGCCGGACACCCACUGGACACCAUCAAGGUGCGACUACAGACUCAACCCAAACCCAAACCUGGAGAGAGCCUCCUGUAUGCUGGAACCAUUGAUUGUUUUAAAAAGACCAUAGCCAAAGAGGGCGUAAAAGGCCUCUAUAAAGGGAUGGCGGCCCCGAUAAUCGGCGUUGCGCCCAUGUUCGCUGUCUGUUUCUUCGGAUUCGGACUGGGCAAGAAGCUACAGCAGAGGACGCCCGACGACGUCCUUACGUACCCGCAGCUGUUUGCCGCCGGGAUGCUGUCGGGCGUUUUCACCACGGCCAUCAUGGCUCCCGGAGAGCGCAUCAAAUGUCUCCUACAGAUCCAGGCGGCGACAGGAGAGCUGAAGUAUGCAGGGCCGAUGGACUGCGUGAAACAGCUGUACAGACAGUCCGGGAUCAGAGGAGUCUACAAAGGCACAGCUCUGACCCUCAUGAGAG